AACUCAUUGUUUCAUUUCUUUUCUUUUCCCCAAAAACCAAACGGAAAAUUUAUCGAAAAGAAAAAGAAAUAGAAAUGAAGAGACCCCAAUUCACUCCGGAAAGGUCCUGUCUCUUCGUAGUGGCUUUAUCCGGUAUAAUAAUCGGUGCACUUCUUUUUUCAAACUUAAUCCGGUCCGUUGGUAACAUCUCUUCCUUCGGCCUCUGCUCAUUUGCCUCGGCCAAAGCGGAGUACGCCGCUACACCAACUCAACUCCAAUCCAUCCUCCACUAUGCAACUUCAAAGAUCGUCCCACAACAAUCUUUAGCCGAAAUAUCAGUCACUUUCGAUGUCCUCAAAACAUGUUCACCCUGUAACUUCCUUGUAUUUGGUCUCGGUUUUGAUUCUCUCAUGUGGACAUCAUUAAAUCCACAUGGCACCACUUUGUUUCUCGAAGAAGAUCCUAAGUGGGUUCAGACAAUCGUCAAAAACACUCCAACGCUAAAUGCGCAUACGGUUCAGUACUUGACGCAACUAAAGGAAGCCGACAGCCUCCUGAAAACGUACCGGUCUGAACCGUUGUGUUCGCCAAGUAAAGCGUACUUACGCGGCAAUUAUAAGUGUAGGUUAGCACUGACUGGAUUGCCUGACGAAGUUUAUGAUAAGGAAUGGGAUUUGAUAAUGGUUGAUGCGCCGAGAGGGUACUUCCCGGAGGCACCAGGGAGGAUGGCGGCGAUAUUUUCAGCGGCGGUGAUGGCUAGGGAGAGGAAAGGAUCAGGAGUGACGCAUGUGUUUCUACAUGAUGUGAAUCGGAGAGUGGAGAAAAUGUUUGCGGAGGAGUUUCUGUGCAGGAAGUAUUUGGUUAAGGCUGUAGGGCGGCUAUGGCAUUUUGAGAUCCCUCCAGCAGCUGCUAAUGUGAGCCAGAGUGAUGGUUGGUUUUGCUAAAAAACGCUUUUUUCUGUGCUUCUGACAAGAUAGAUAAAUGAGACACAGAGGUGACAGAAUUUUAUUUUAUUAUAUUUCUGUUUCACGGAAAAUAUCUUGCGAGGGAAAAGAGUGGGUUGAGUCAGGGGACAGAUGAAAUUUGAAUAUGGAGAUUUAAGUAGAUGCCCAGUUAUUUCACUAUCAGAUAGCGUGUGUUUAGUGAUGUCUUGUAUUGCCCGUUUAAUAUAUUGAUAUGGUGUUUUUUAUUUAAAAAAUAUAGUAAGAUUAUUUUUUAUUUUUA